GAUCCCCGGUUCAAAUCCCGGCCUGGGCCUGGGAUCUUUCUGCAUGGAGUUUGCAUGUUCUCCCUGUGCAUGCGUGGGUUUUCUCCGGGUACUCCGGCUUCCUCCCACAGUCCAAAAACAUGCUGAGGUUAAUUGGUUACUCUAAAUUGUCCGUAGGUGUGAAUGUGAGUGUGAUUGUGUGUCUGUAUAUGUAGCCCUGUGACAGACUGGUGACCUGUCCAGGGUGUCCCCUGCCUUCACCCGAGUCAGAAGGGAUAGACUCCAGCACCCCCCAUGACCCUAGUGAGGAUAAAGUGGUUUAUAGAGAAUGGAUGGAAGGACAAACGCUGCUCAACAACUAAAUCUAAGUGUGUUUCUGAUAGAGGUCUGAGUCUCUCACUGACAUGGUCUUUACCUGAUGUUGCAGAUACUGAGGUGUCCUGUGUUUUUAUGGAGAGAUGCAUCUUACCAUGCAGCUCCAAUGUCGCUCCUGGUGACAUCAUCCACUGGAUUCAUAUGACAGAAGAAAAUCACAUUGUCCACAUGUACCACAACAACCAAGACCAGCUUGAAGAUCAACACCAGAUCUUCAGAAACAGGACGUCACUGUUCAAGGACCAGAUCUCCAGAGGAAACGCCUCACUGCAGCUGACAGGAGUGAAGGUCCAGGAUGAAGGCAAAUUUGAGUGUUUCAUCAGCACCAACAAUGGAAACAAGGAGUCAGUUAUCAACCUAAAAGUUUAUGCUCCAGUCCAUGAAGUGAACAUCCAGCAGGUAGAAAACAGGAUGAGCUGCAGCUCAGAGGGGAUCUACCCUCAACCUGAGCUCACCUGGUCCACCACACCUCCAUCCAACAUCAGCCUCCACAACACAACCACAGUCCAGCAGAAUGAAGAGCAGCUUUACAGCAUCAGUAGUUCUCUGAUCCUCUCACACAGUCAUCCUGAUCUGGUCUACAGCUGCACCGUCACAACUCCAACAAACAGGAGGAGAGCUGCUUGGAGGAAACUCACUCCUAUCAGUGGAUCAACAAGUGAAACAAUCAUCACCUGCGCUGCCUCACACUUUUCCUUCUCUCACCUGCUUUGGAGAUUCAACCACAGUCAGAUGAUCAUGAAGCAGAGCAGGACUGAUGGCAGCUCCACAGUCUCAGAGGAGUGGAGGCAGCAGGUGAAGGAUGUGUCAGAGUCAGGAGACAUCACACUGCAGGACUUAUCUUCAGAGCAGGAGGGAAUAUAA